AUGGAGCCCUGGGUUGGUUAUUCCCUCGAGCAAGGGCCAGAAUCCUCUGAAACAGGAGGCCCUCCUAUCCGGCGCAUGUUCUACGAGAUGGGAGACCCUAGUCACCCAAGAGGAGCCCCAGUGCUUCAAACAAGUAACGCUCUCCCAGAGGAUAGGGAACAGACGUUCGCUGAGAUGCCAUUCGAUUCUUCGUUACCUAUAUGGCCGCGCACCCCAAUGCUCAAGGAGUUUACCUUGACCUCAGCUGUAUGUGGUCCAGACUGGCAUAUCGAUAGCUUUCAGCAAUAUGGGCCAGAAGUCAGCCCAAAAGACUGGCGAUAUACGCCUUGGAUUAGCACCCAUGGAUACAGUAGUCAAAGUGGUCUGCAGCGUGUAGGCAAAUGGCCUGGGUUUAGAUACUGGACCGAGACGAGGAAGAUCGAAUUUAGGCCAUUAUCGUGGCCAGAGGUUCAGCCUUGGACGACAAUGUUCCCAUCAAGUGGGUGGGCAAGCCUUACCUCUCCUGAAUUCAUCCCUCACGAAUUUGUUGCUCGACUAUGGAUCAAUCGACCGGGAGAAUCGAUAGAUGCUGAGCAAUCACAAUACGGUUGGAUUGAGGUGAAGGCUCCCGAAGAAGGCGACGAUUCUUGGGUAGAGCAGGUGGCAACAACGUGGAAGAUGGUCCGGUAUUUUUUGAAGAGACCGAACGAACUUAUGGAUUUUGAGUGGUAUCUUGAUAAUGAGUAA